CUAGGGUGAAGGUACGCUCGAGCAUGAUCAUUGAGGACAAGUCGACGAGAUUCCCGAGUACGUCUACAGUCAGCCUUGUGACAUUUGAAGUUCUACAAUGAACCGGUCGGAGAUGCAAAGAAAAGCACCUCCACGGAGACGGAGACACCGCAGUCGAGCACCAUCGACUCACAAGAUGAACAGCAUGGUGAUGUCAGAAGAACAGAUGAAGUUGCCAUCCACCAAGAAGGCAGAGCCGCCAACAUGGGCACAAUUAAAGAAGCUGACACAGUUAGCUAAAAAAAGCCUAGAGAACACAAAGGUGACACAAACUCCAGAGAACAUGUUGCUUGCAGCUUUGAAGACUGUAUCAACAGUGUCUGCAGGUGUACCCAGCAGCUCCGAAGAAGCGACCAUCGAGAACGAGCCAUGAUGACAACGGUGGUUUUGUCGAAAAGAAGGGGGAAAUGUGGGGAAAAGAAAGAGAUAUCAGACUGUUACUGUGUCUAUGUAGAAAGAAGUAAACAUAAGA